CUCUCUCUGACGAAUCGCGGGAAUCAGAGAUGAAAUGGAGUCUUAUGCCAAACGCAAAGUCGAAGAAGGUCGUGGACAUCAAGGAAGACGCGCUUUUGAGGAGUCAAGACAAAUUCAGUCUGAGAAUGCAGUUGAGACGGGCGUUAAGUCAAGCUCUGCGUCAUUUCCGUGACAACGCAGUUUCCUACAACACACUAGACAUCGCGAAUUUGAU